AUGGCAUCUUGGGCGCUCAUUGAGCCUCCCCUGCAACGACACUUGCAAAUACUUGAGGAUGGGACGAAGGCGCUCCUCCGGGAGGCCCUCUCAGUUGGUGUGGUUAAGAGUUCGUCACAGACGUCUCCCCUCCGCCUCCUCAAGCGACACAGUACGCUGUGCCUUUCAGGUAGCAUCACUACCAGCCGCACCAGCAGCCACACCACUGCUGAGCCUACUGCUUUGGCAGUGGCUGCUGCUUGGGAGGGCGCCUUCGAUGACGCCAUGGACGAGUGGAUGCAGGAGCAGGUCUACAUCGAGGCCGAUGAAGCUUCACCGCCGCCGAGGCGCAGGUGGCUGAGGCCAAGGAUGCUGCUCCUGUCCUUCCCAGCCCGUCUGACCUGGCUAAAACCGCUCAGCUGCUCGUUUCUGCCGUCGAGAAUGACGAUUCGUUUGAGUUUCGAAACUCUAUUCGCCGCCUGCUUGGGCGCUUUCAGGAGCUCCCCCUCCCUCCCAUAUCCUCUCUCCAAUUCUUGCUUUUCCUCUGUGGGUCAUAAAGCAAUGGAAGAGUGGCAGAAUUCUUGA